UUUGCACUCGCCAGGGGCUCGAUUUUAUUUAAGAUGGCCGCCGUCCAGCAGCUUCACCAGCUCGCCUCAGCCCUGCUAGCCGUCAUCAGCGCCAUCAGGCCCUACCAUCCACCAUGAAGGCCACCGCUGCCUCGCUGCUGCUCGCCGCACUCGCCGCGUCUCCCCAAUGCCACGCCCGCGCCGCCCCCGUGGUCGACGAGACAUACCCAUAUACAGGGCCUGAUGUCCCCAUCGCCGACUGGGUUGACCCGACCAUCAAUGGCAAUGGCAAAGGCUUCCCGCGCCUAGUUGAAGCUCCCGCCGUUCGACCAGCCAAGGAGAACCCAACCAACAACGUCAACGUGAUCUCCUUGUCGUAUUUGCCUGGUGGCAUCAACAUCCACUACCAGACUCCCUUUGGUCUCGGCGAGACUCCCAAAGUCCAUUGGGGCACGAACCCCAAGCACCUCGACCGUGUUGCGGGGGGAUACUCCCAUACAUAUGAUCGAACCCCGCCCUGCUCGGAGGUCGCUGCUGUCACGCAAUGCAGCCAGUUUUUCCACGAAGUCCAGCUGCACAAUCUCAAACACAGCACCACCUAUUACUACCGCAUUCCUGCCGCGAACGGUACGACCGAGUCUGAACUGCUUACCUUUACGACGGCACGCCGAGCCGGCCACCGCGGAGAAUUCUCUGUAGCCGUACUGAACGACAUGGGGUAUACCAAUGCCCAAGGAACUUUCCGCGAGCUGCAGAAGAUGGUCAAGGAGGGCGCCGCUUUCGCCUGGCAUGGUGGUGAUUUAUCUUAUGCCGAUGAUUGGUAUUCAGGUAUCCUGCCAUGUGAGGAUUCAUGGCCCGUGUGCUAUAACGGAACCAACACCGAGCUUCCUGGCGGUGGCCCAAUUCCAGACGAAUACAAAGUUCCCCUACCCGCUGGCGAGAUCGCCAACCAAGGAGGCCCUAGGGGUGGUGAUAUGUCUGUUCUUUAUGAGUCAAAUUGGGAUCUGUGGCAGCAGUGGAUCUUGAAUGUAACCACCAAGAUUCCUUACAUGGCCUUGGUCGGUAACCAUGAAGCUUCCUGUGCCGAGUUUGAUGGUCCUGGAAACGUCCUGACUGCGUAUUUGAAUAAUGAUAAAUCCAACUCGACCGCUUCGAAGUCUGGACUCAAUUAUUACAGCUGCCCGCCCUCACAGAGGAACUUCACUGCCUACCAACAUCGUUUCUGGAUGCCUGGUAACGAAACCGGUGGUGUUGGUAACUUCUGGUACUCUUUCGACUACGGCCUCGCGCACUUCAUCGCCCUUGAUGGCGAGACCGAUCUGGCCGAAAGCCCCGAGUGGCCGUUUGCCAGGGACAUCAAGGGUAACGAGACUACGCCGAAGGAGAGUGAAACCUUUGUCACAGAUAGCGGUCCUUUCGGCAAAAUUGACGAUAAUGACAUUUAUAACAACAAGGCCUACCAGCAGUACCAGUGGCUCAAGCAAGACUUAGCCAAGGUUGACCGCACCAAGACCCCAUGGAUUAUUGCAAUGAGCCAUCGACCAAUGUAUUCAUCUCAAUAUUCUUCAUACCAGAAGGCCAUUCAGGCUGCAUGGCAGGAUCUGUUCUUUGAGUACGGAGUUGAUGUCUACCUUUCUGGACACAUCCAUUGGUACGAGCGUCUCUUCCCUCUUGGCACCAACGGCACCAUCGAUUCGAAAUCAAUCGUCAACAACCAUACCUACUACACUAAUCCCGGCAAAUCGAUCACCCAUUUGAUUAACGGUAUGGCCGGCAACAUCGAAAGCCAUAGCACUCUGAGCGCUGGUAAAAAUAUUGAGAAUAUCACCGCCGUGCUUGAUCAGGUCCACUUUGGUUUGAGCAAGCUGACAUUCUUCAACGAGACUGCGUUGAAGUGGGAGUUUGUUCGGGGUGACGAUGGAUCGAUUGGUGACUACUUGUAUUUGUUAAAGAAGGGGCACUCCCCACGAGCCUGAUUAGGCGGUGUCAAGUGUUAGCUUGUUGGAGUAUACGAUAGCCGAGGAAAAUGUAAUUAUUGGUCCAAAAGACAUCCAAAUAGAAUUUAGGUUUUAUUUACCGGACCGUUAGCAAACAAAUUGUAUUUGUCAAGA